CCUGCGCGGUCGGGGUCCGGCAGCAUGAACAUCCUGCUGGAGCUCUUCGUGGUGACUUUCAGAGUGCUGUGGGCUUUCGUGCUGGCCGCGGCCAAGUGGCUGGUGCGGCCCAAGGAGAAGAGCGUGGCGGGGCAGGUGUGCCUGAUCACCGGGGCGGGCAGCGGCCUGGGCCGCCUCUUCGCUCUGGAGUUUGCCCGGCGCCGGGCGCUGCUGGUGCUGUGGGACAUCAACACGCAGAGCAACGAGGAGACGGCGGGCAUGGUGCGCCACAUCUACCGGGAGAUGGCCGAGGCGGCCGCCGCCGCCCCCAGAGUACCUGGAGAUGGAGAAAAAGAUGUGCUGCUCCAUUGCAACUUGCAGGUUUACACAUACACCUGUGAUGUGGGCAAAAGAGAAAAUGUCUACUUGACAGCUGAGAGGGUCCGCAAAGAGGUUGGCGAGGUGUCUGUCCUGGUUAACAAUGCUGGUGUGGUCUCUGGGCACCAUCUUCUGGAGUGUCCUGAUGAGCUUAUUGAGAGGACCAUGAUGGUCAACUGUCACGCACACUUCUGGACCACUAAAGCAUUCCUUCCCAAGAUGCUGGAAGUGAAUCAUGGACACAUUGUGACAGUUGCAAGUUCCUUGGGAUUGUUCAGUACUGCUGGAGUGGAGGAUUAUUGUGCCAGCAAAUUUGGAGCUGUAGGUUUCCAUGAGUCUUUGAGCCAUGAACUGAAGGCUGCUGAAAAGGACGGAAUCAAAACAACUUUAGUCUGCCCUUAUCUUGUAGAUACAGGAAUGUUCAGAGGGUGCAGGAUCAGAAAAGAAAUUGAGCCUUUCCUUCCACCCUUGAAACCAGAAUACUGUGUGAAGCAGGCUAUGAGAGCUAUCCUUACAGACCAGCCAAUGAUCUGCACACCUCGCCUCAUGUAUAUGGUCACCUUCAUGAAAAGUAUUCUGCCCUUUGAAGCAGUUGUAUGCAUGUACCGGUUUUUAGGAGCAGACAAGUGUAUGUACCCUUUCAUUGCUCAAAGGAAACAGGCUACAAACAACAAUGAAGCAAAAAAUGGAAUUUAACACUGUUUUGGAUGGACUAACAUUUAGAGGUGAAUAUGAUAAAGUUACAUGACUGAAUUGCAAAGUGCACUUGCAUCUAACAGAUGCAAACGUCAACAUCUUACUGUGGCAUUCUCUUGGGUCCUAAACCUGUGUAUUGAACUCUAAAAAUCAGUGGUUUUUAUAUACUGUAAAUAAAACUGACUAGAGUACUUGGAAAAUGUGAUAGGUAAGGAAAGUGAAUUUGCAAUGUAGCUGCCACCAUUGUCCUUUAGAAGAUCACUGUAUGUACAGUAAACUAGUCAUACUACUUCUUGUAGGGAUGCACUGUGUGAUAUCUCUUCCUCAGCCUGCCAAGGUUUAUAAGAGCUGUCUCCAACUAGAAGAUGCAAUGUUUCAGAAAUUGUUUGCCUUUCCCUAUCUUAUUUGGGAAGGGGGAGGGAGGGAAAUCUUGAGAUUUAAGCUACUGCUCAUGACCUUUUAGCAAAUUCAAGGACAGUUUCUGAAUGCAUCUCUUCACUUGUUCACCCAAGCUCUCUAAAGGACACAUGGCCAAAUUGUGGUGUAAUUCUCUUUUGUAGCGAUUGUGUGUGUUCUAUUUAAACAAAGAUAAAAAGAAAUUUGUAAAUCUCUGCUGAUUCAAAGGCAAGUGAAUGUCUCAAAUACUCUCAGAGCAAACUUGUAAUGGGCAUCUGGUUUUCUAGGAAUGCAGUCAGUGAUUUAAACUGACUUUUUUCAAGUCACUUGAUUUGAAAUAUGCUCUGUUCUGUUUCCUUCUAUAUGUCAGAGUCCAAUCUAAUAUUAUGGACUAUAUGUUUCGUUUCUUCCUCCUCAUUCUUACUUCCGACAGAGUUCUCCCACCCCCCGAAGAAGCUGUUGUAUUAAAUUUCUGUAACUGGACUUGUGCCUAAAAGACAAAGCAACUCAGCUGAGAUACAAACUGUUUAUGUAAGUGCUGGUCAUGUGGCAAUUAUUAGCAAAGGAAAAACAGAAUAACGCCUGAUGCCACUCUACAUGCGGAAUACGGAAGGGUGUAAAGAUUUUUUUAAUUGUACUCACAUUGUAGAACAGCAAAUGACAUUUUUACAGUAUUUUUUGUAAAGCGAACAAUUUUGUGCCUUGAAUAAUUUCGUAAUCUGUAUUAGUGAAGCAUUGUAAAAGUGAACUUCUACCUCUGUAUCUUAAUGUAUACCAUCCACUUGUAAACUACUAUCGGACAAAUUGUGAUUACUUUUUUAGAAUGUCGUGUUAAAUAGUGACCAAUGCCUGUGGUUAUUAAAGUGAGCCACCUUUUCCUUAAA